GUGUUUGCCCAGAAUUUGGACGGACUGUUGUGUUUUUCCCAUCUCAGGAUUUGGGAAAGAAAUUUUAGGGCUACCAGAGAACUACAGAAAAAACUAACGGAGGGUUUUGAUUUGCCUCUCAGUAGGGAGGUUUGAAUUAUCUUCAAUCAAUCACCCAUAACCCCCACCACUACCGUAGUCGUCGUCGUCGUCGUCUUACUGUGUCCAUUUUUGUGUGGAUAUACGUAUUUAUACUGAUAAAUCUCAAUUCAUCCCUUUCUGGAUCUCAUCACGGGGCCCGAGUUUGGAUCACCCAUCUCACAAGAGGUACAUCUCUCUGUCUCGGUCUCUGUCUCUCUCUCUCUCUCUCUCUCUCACACACACACACACACACACGAGUUUCUGUUCAUGUUAAUGUGUAUAACAAGGCGGUGUGGUUUUACCCAAAUUAGUACCUGACGCGAUAAACAAAAUCCAAGUUGGCUACUCAAAUCUGAACCCAACUUAGUUGACUCUCAUUUUUGCUGAACUCUAUUUAUGUGUCUCUCAUCCUCAUUUACCUCAUUUUAGGUUUAUAUAUUGGUUGGUUAUGUGUUAUAAGAAUAGCCAUUCGGAAAAUCUGGCUAUUAGGAGAGAAUGGAAUGGUGGGUGGCAUUUGAAUAGCAAGAAAAAGCUGUUUGCGUAGUCGAGCAUGGAGAAUCAUUCUUUAUCUGUAGUACCCGAUUCGACUCUUGCUUUGGCAGAUUAUUCUUUGGUAAUUGGGCAAGAAUUCCCGGAUGUUGAAACUUGUAGAAGAGCCCUCAAAGAUAUUGCAAUAGCUUUGCAUUUUGACCUUAGAAUUGUGAAAUCUGAUCGUAGCCGGUUUAUAGCCAAAUGCUCAAAAGAGGGUUGUCCUUGGCGUGUCCACGUGGCAAAAUGUCCAGGAGUUACUACAUUUUCAGUUAGAACCCUUCAUGGAGAGCAUACUUGUGAAGGGGUUCGGAAUUUGCAUCAUCAGCAGGCAUCCGUAGGGUGGGUUGCAAGGUCUGUUGAAGCACGUGUUCGGGAUAAUCCACAGUAUAAACCAAAGGAAAUUCUGCAAGAUAUUCGGGAUCAGCAUGGAGUUGCUGUGUCUUAUAUGCAAGCAUGGCGUGGGAAGGAGCGCAGCAUGGCUGCAUUACACGGAACUUUUGAAGAAGGGUACCGUCUCCUUCCCGCAUAUUGUGAACAGAUACGAAAAACUAAUCCAGGGAGCAUAGCAUCGGUUUUUGCCACCGGACAAGAAAAUUGCUUCCAGCGCCUCUUUGUUUCAUUCCGUGCAUCAAUCUAUGGUUUUAUAAAUGCUUGUAGGCCGCUUCUGGAACUUGACAAAGCAAAUCUCAAAGGAAAAUACUUGGGGACAUUACUUUGUGCUGCAGCUGUUGAUGCUGAUGAUGCGCUGUUUCCAUUGGCAAUUGCUGUUGUUGACAUGGAAAGUGAUGAGAAUUGGAUGUGGUUCAUGUCAGAACUGCGGAAACUCCUGGGAGUUAAUACUGACAGCAUGCCUAGACUUACAAUAUUAUCUGAAAGACAAAGAGGCAUGGUGGAGGCAGUAGAGACUCAUUUUCCAAGUGCAUUUCAUGGUUUUUGUCUGCGUUAUGUUAGUGAGAAUUUUCGUGAUACAUUUAAGAACUCAAAGUUGGUGAACAUUUUUUGGAAUGCUGUUUAUGCUCUUACAGCAGUUGAAUUUGAAAGCAAGAUUGCUGAGAUGGUAGAGAUUUCACAAGAUGUCAUAACAUGGUUUCAGCAAUUUCCCCCUCAACUAUGGGCGGUAACAUAUUUUGAGGGAGUGCGGUAUGGUCAUUUCACAGUGGGGGUCACAGAACUGUUAUAUAAUUGGGCGCUAGAAUGCCAUGAGCUCCCCAUUGUGCAAAUGAUGGAGCACAUUCGACAUCAGUUGAUGUCAUGGUUUAAUGAUCGGCGUAAUAUGGGCAUGAGGUGGACGUCAAUUCUUGUACCAUCUGCUGAGAAACGGAUUUUAGAAGCAAUUGCGGAUGCUCGUUGCUAUCAAGUACUUCGUGCCAAUGAAGUUGAAUUUGAGAUUGUGUCAACUGAGCGAACAAACAUUGUGGACAUCCGGAGUCGAGAGUGUUCUUGUCGCCGCUGGCAACUCUAUGGUCUGCCAUGUGCGCAUGCUGCUGCUGCACUCAUUUCUUGUGGGCAGAAUGCCCAUCUUUUUGCUGAGCAUUGUUUCACAGUAGGUAGUUACCGUGAGACCUAUUCACAGAUGAUAUAUCCUGUCCCAGAUAAAAGCCUGUGGAAGGAACCUGGUGAAGGAGCAGAGGGCGGAGGUGCUAAAGUUGAUAUCACAAUACGCCCACCCAAAACCCGUCGGCCCCCUGGCAGGCCCAAAAAGAAGGUUCUUCGUGUAGAGAGUUUGAAGCGUCCAAAAAGAGUUGUUCAGUGUGGUCGCUGCCAUCUGUUAGGACAUUCUCAAAAAAAAUGCACAAUGCAAUUAUGAUCCUAAACUGGUUGUCAAAAAUUUGUUUCUCUUUGGUCAUCUGCAAUUUUCAUGGAAUUGAUUGUGUUUGUAAAAUUGCUGUAUGUCCUUAACAAUGCAGUUCACAAUAAGCACUUGGCUCUUUGUGGCAUAGUUUCAUAUUUUCCCAUUUGUAUAUGUUAGCGGAAAGCUGUCUUUUUUAUCCUCUGUUGCCAAUUGUGUAACUGUUUACUGUCCUCUGUUAUAUUAAACUAAGUUUUUCUGGAAUUGUUUCUCCAUUUACUGGUUUCUCAUAUCAGCAUUUGUUGGGAUUUG